GAGGACCAGAAGCUUGUCACAUACGAUCCAAAUCUGUGGUACAUCCACGGCAACUCUUACGACCUGCAUGAUUUCGUGGACAAGCAUCCGGGAGGACGCUUUGCUAUCUUGACAGGGCGUGGCCGAGACUGCACUGCCCUUUUUGAAUCGUAUCAUCCGUGGAACGACAAGCACAGGAAGGUUCUCAAGGCCCAUGGGGUGGCUCCGCCACCCCCAGAUCCUUUCUAUGAGGAGAUCAAGGAAGGAGUGCGGAAGGCCUUCCCCGGUGGAUGCGGCAGCACACGAAUGCGCCCGCACGCGUUCGUAGGACUGUCGAUCAUGUGGUGCAUCAUGAUGUGGCUGUUUUUUGUUGUCCGGACCCCCCUGUCCAGCCUGCUUGCCGGAUGCAUUGUCGCCACCGUGGGCACUCGUUUCUCCCAUGAGGGCGGCCACCAGCAAGUCAGCAAGAACGAAUGGGUCAACCGGCUGUGCCUGUUUGCCGGCUUCUUCCUGGUUGGACCUUCGAUGUGCUGGUACUACCAACACGUCGUCAGCCACCAUGUGAGCACAAACCAGGAUGGGGAUGCCGAGAAAGACGUCGAUGUGGAGUACAUCUGGAUCGCUGACAAGCUGCCAGGGUGGAUGAAGGCAUUGUCAUUGCCUGGCAUUUUCAUUGGCACCGUGAUCGAGCUCGGUGUGAAGCGCAUGAUCGUGGACCUGCUUAUCCGUGGUCAUGUUGGCGGGCACAAGGUCGACUACCGCUUGGGUGGAGUUCUUUUCGAGAUCCCGUUGUGGUGCAUCUUGCACUACACCUUCGGCCCCUCCAUCCUGUGCUACUUGUGCAUGUACCUCACCGCGGGGGCCAUCUUCGUUCCUUGUUCCCAGGUCGCGCACGUGAUCCUCUACCCGAACUCCAACAAGUAUGACUCGUGGGCUAAGAUGCAGAUCGCAGAGAGUGUCGACUUUGCAUCUGAGUCGGACUUCUGGUUCCACAUGGCAUUUGGAUUGACCACCCAGAUCGAACACCACCUGUUCCCUGGCAUUGGCUCCUUGUCCGACUUGCGGCUAUUUGAUGGAUGCCUCGCAUUACAUGUGCCAUUCAGAUUCAUGCGUCGUGAUCUUGUUUCUUGA